CCCAGGGGCUGCCGGCGGAUGAGUGCGGCCCGGCGGAGGCUGCGGAUGAGCCGGGCGAAGGAGCUGGUGGCAUACUGCCUGCUCCUGGGGCUGUCCUUCCCCCUCCUGCUGCUGCUGCCGCUUCUCUGAGAUGCGCCGGGCGACGGCUCGGCCCUGCCGACGGGGGACGGGCAGGAGGAGCCGGCGGGAGCCCCACUCCGGUGCCCGGCGUGCGGCCGGCGGCAGCAGCAGCAGCCCCAGGGCCUGACGGCCUGGCGAGGGACGAUGAGGAGCUCGGGCGGGCUUUGCGGCGGUGCCACCCAGCCUGCGCGGGCGGGCGGGCUGCCUCUCCCCGCGGGGGGGCCCGGCCGCGGCCACGGCCGCGCUCUGCCCCUGCGGGCGUGAUGCUUUCGCCGCUGUGAUCGCCGCUACACGUCCACGGGUAAUGGGCCAGCGGCCGCGGGCACUGCCACCGCAGCCCCCUCACCGCGGGGCCGGCGCUCCGGGACCCUGACCCAGCCCCAUCGCCCGCCGGGCGGCGGCUGUAGCCGGGACAGCUGCCGGCCGGGGCGCUCGCGUUGCUGCAGAUCCGCCGCUCUGCGGGGCGGAGUGUGUCCCCGCCGGCUUGCCGUGCGGGGAGGCGGGCCGGGGGCCGGCUGAGAUGGGAGAGAGCAUGUCCAAGAGGCUGAAGCUGCAGCUUGGAGGCGAGGCGGAGAUGGAGGAGCGGGCUUUCGCUAACCCCUAUCCCGACUAUCAGCCCCAGGGAGCCGCGGCAGCUCCCAGCGCGGCGGACGCCCAGCGGGACAGGGCGCCGCUCCCGGCGGAGGACGAGUCCCUCCCCUUCGACGCCGAUGGGAAGGUCAGUGCUCGGUUCUCAAAACGGAUCCAGGCAAAAAUCAAGGACCUUCUGCAACAAAUGGAGGAAGGGCUAAAGACAGCAGAUCCACAUGACUGCUCUGCCUAUACUGGCUGGACUGGUAUUGCCCUCUUAUAUCUUCAACUGUACCGCGUGACGAAAAACCAGAGCCAUUUGCAGCGAUCUCUUGAUUACGUGAAGAGAAUCCUUCGCAAUCUGAACGGCAGAAGAGUUACUUUCCUCUGUGGUGAUGCUGGGCCAUUGGCAGUGGGUGCAGUGGUUUAUCACAAGCUGAAAAUCGACAACGAGUCUAAAGAAUGUGUUGCCAAGUUGUUGCAGCUACACAGGACAGUCAUAAGCACAGACGCUGAACUUCCAGAUGAGCUGCUUUAUGGUAGAGCAGGUUACCUGUAUGCCUUGCUGUACCUGAAUACUGAAAUCGGUCCAGACACAGUCCCACAGUCUGUUAUCAAAGAGGUAAUAGAUGCUAUUAUUGAAUCGGGGAAAAACUUCUCUAAGGAGGAGCGGAAGACGGAGCGUUGUCCUCUGUUGUACCAGUGGCACAGGAAGCAAUAUGUUGGAGCAGCCCAUGGAGUGGCUGGGAUCUAUUACAUGCUCAUGCAGCCAAUUGCAAAUGUGGGCCAGGAGACCCUGACAGAGCUGGUGAAGCCAAGCAUUGACUAUGUGCGCCAUAAGAAGUUCAGAUCUGGGAAUUACCCAUCGUCACUGAGCAAUGAGACUGACAGACUGGUUCACUGGUGCCAUGGUGCCCCCGGAGUCAUCCACAUGCUCAUGCAAGCUUACAAGACUUUUAAAGAAGAUAAAUACUUGAAAGAUGCUAUGGAUUGUAGCGAUGUCAUCUGGCAGAGAGGUUUAUUGAGAAAAGGAUAUGGGAUCUGCCACGGUACAGCUGGCAAUGGCUACUCCUUCUUGUCUCUCUAUAACCUAACUCAGGACAAAAAGUACCUCUACCGAGCUUGCAAGUUUGCUGAAUGGUGUUUGGAGUAUGGUGCACAUGGAUGUCGUAUUCCUGACCGACCUUAUUCUCUCUUUGAAGGCAUGGCUGGAGCUAUUCAUUUCCUCUCAGAUAUUUCAGUACCGGAGACUUCCCGGUUUCCAGCAUUUGAACUUGGACCUCAAAGGAGGGAAAACAAAGUGGAACAGGACAGCUAAAACAUCGUUUUGAAAGGAAACUGAUGCCAAAAGAGAUGAGACUGUUCAGUGCCUCUGAUACCGAACCAACUCGACCCUGAGCUGACAGAUGGAUAAACCCCUUGUCUCACCCCACCCCUGCCCCAGAGGACCAUGAAGUCAUUGGAGCAUGAAUGGGAGAAGCCACAUUUCAGUUCUGUUAAAGUGACAGCCUCAGAAGUAGGACAAGAGAAGUCAAGUUUUGAACUCUCUCUCUCCUGUUGUAUUUGUCUUCUUCAGGUCUCUGACAUGCUCUGCAUGUUUAUAGGUGUUGUGUGUUGACUCGAGUCUUUUGUUGUUAGCAAAAAGCUGGUCCCUGUGUGAAUCUCUGUCCUGUACCUUUGUGCAUGACUCACGACAGCACUGUUGCCUUCUGCAGCGUGGUUAUCCAGAGAGCUCCACCUUAUGCCAGAGUUUGCUGCAGGACAGUGCCCAGCUUCACUGCUGAGCUGGCAACUUCUAAAGAGAUGAAAAACAUGUUCAUGUUCAUAUUUUUCCGCAUUUUUCUCCAUAGUUCCUAGAAGCUAAAGUGAUGGAGAUCAGCCUUUUUUGGUGAAGAGGUAUGUUCUCAGAGAAGUUUAAAGGGACAUGAAUUGUCUUUUGCUGCUAUUGCGGGAGGGUUUUGCUGAAAGCCUGAAAAAGAGGCUUCCUUUGAUACCUGCCCCUGUUUAGUGUGUUAGGCACUUAGAACAGGAUGGGGAUGCUUGUCCCCACCUCUGCAAAGCCACAGCCCAUGGCACGAGCUUAAACUGGAGGUUGAGUCACCCAUGGGAACCUCCCACUGCCACCAGCAGCAGAGCAGGGAUGGCAUUAACUGUGCUUCUCCUCUCCUGUACAUGGCUUUCUAAUAGGCCUGUCCUGCAGCAUCUAGUAUUGAAUGAGUAAGGGAGGGUGUCAGUGCAAGUUUCUCACCCUGGUAACUCAGGAUGGCUGUGGCUUCCAGAACCAAAGCAGUGAUUUGUUCUGGGCCCUUCCCUCCCUCUCCCAGCCCAGCUGUGUUUAGCCCAUGUAGUAUUACAGGAGUGAUAAAUACCAGCUGCUUGUGGAGGCCACAGAAGAUUAAUGAGCGCUAUGAAACCA